AUGCCGCCUCCAGACGCGGCGGGACUCAAAAUUCCAUGUUCCACGCCUCAGAUCCUCCAGGUCGAGCUCGAUGUGCUCGCCACUGCCCUCGGUCCACCUGAACGCGAGGAUACCUGGGAGAAGAUGGAGAAGGGCAUUAUCCGCUUCACUGGCGUCUCCCGCGGUGGUGGUUACAAGCAUAUCGACCUCUUCGUGCGAGGGGUGGGCAACAAGGGUGUGGGCCUCCGUAUCGUCGACUGCAUGAUGUCGGAUCGUGGACGCCUCUCAGGCGUGUCGACGGACCUGCUUCAGGCGAUGGCUCCACGCCUCGCAUCGCACUUCGGGCCACUCGUCCCCUUGUACCUUCCUCCACUUGUCCGCCUACUAGCUCGACCUAACAAGGUGUUCUUUAAGCGUGCCGAAAAGUGUCUCGCAACCAUCAUCCUGCAUUGCCCCCUACCCACCAUCCUUAUCUACCUCAGCCACGGGUUGGACGACCGUUCCGACCAGUGCAAGCGCGCUUCCGCCAUCGGGAUCGAGUCUGCCAUGAUCCAAUGGGACUGCCACCGCUGGUCCGAGAAGGAUCUCGACCUGCUCGAGUUAUGCGUGCGCAAAAUGGCGACCGACCGCGAUGGCGAGGUUCGUAAGACUGCGCGCCGCGUUUGGGGUUUGUUCUCUGAGCUGUGGUCUGAGCGAGUCGAAGAUUUCAUGACUCCGCUCACGCCUACCAUCAGGCGGUAUCUCGAUAUCCCCACAGACGGAGUGGCGUCCAAGGCCAAGCCGCGACCAGGGCUACGACCGCGCCUGCAGGCUGCUCAGGCAGAGGCCGAAUCUUCAACACGCGGGAACGGCAGUGUACCACCCGCACAUGGUGUCGGCGCACCUCGGACACGUUCAACCUCGCGCGGCUUCACUGGCGAGCGUCGCCAGCGCGUCGCUUCGGGAUCAGUUGCCGAAGGCAGUAGCUCCGGGCUGCCCCGCUCCGCAUCUCACAACCUGCUGAGCCAUGCGUCUUCCUCUUCAAGUUUAAGCAAGUCGGAGUCGUCGCGCCAUCGUGUGCUUUCUAAGCCAAGUCGGCCAGGACAAUAUGCAAAAGAAGGCGAACUCUCCAACUCGACAAGGAGAAUGGCCGCACCAUCACGGACUGCAUCGCAGGCCUCGAACAGGACAGAUGACGAACCUCGCCAGACGCGCUCAGCGUCUGCCUCGCGACCAGCCAUGCGACCACUCAGGCAAGCUGUAUCCGCAGAGAGCAUGACGCACGCGUCCUCGUCUGCGGCGGACACCACCCCUGAUCCAGCAUCUCAGCCGCCUUCAUCGUCCAAGUCAACUGUCAAGGAGCGAGUGAACGAGCUUGAGAAGAAGGUGGAGGCGAACGGAACGCCAACAGCGUACCGACAGUCUCCGAGCAAGCUGGAUCUGGCGCGCGCUGCCGCCAUUCCGCUUCCAGAAGACUCGCCGCUGGCAUCGAAGAGCUCGCUGCCGUCUACACGUCCUCAGUUACCCGAGUCGCCUUCCUUCGCAAUGCUACUCAACCGGCAGCUCAAUUCGAACGACGUCCAUGAGAUGCCGACGUUGCUGGAUCUGUCGAUGGCCGAUAUGACGAUCAUCGCUCACUCGGUUACCCCAGGCCCUGCUCCGCGUGCGCAACUCUCACAGCCGUUGAAAGAGGUUGCCCCUUCGCCCGGCAGUGUCGCUCACCUGAUCGGCCGCUUCUCCAAUUCCUCAUCUGAGACCCUUAGCAAGUCCACGCCAACGCGGUCCGGUUCCUCUCCAUUGUCUGCAACGGAGUCUACACCGACUUCACGCACAGCAAGCAAGAGCAGCCCCCUCUCUGCUGAGCCUCCUCCCGACUCUUCUGCCUCCACGCCCAGCCAGCGGCGUAUCUCGCCCCUCCCCCGCAGGUCAAGUACCUUCAUCCCGUCUCCGGAUGAGGAUGACAGCCCGAACCACUCACUCAAGCGCAAAGGCAGCGACAUCGAGCUCUCGUUCACCGAGAGCACGCCUGUCCCCCGUGCCAAGGUCGCGCCGCGCUUCUCUCAACCUCUCAUCGCCUUUGGGGAAACGCCGACACGCCGACAGAGCAUCAGGCCCUUUGUCUUUGGGGCUAACCACGCGGGCUUCUUCGACGACCUCAUGGACAUCCAAUCGGGAGAGGGCGACGAGGAUGAGAUUGUCUACGAGGGUUUCACUCAGCUCAUUGAGGGCCUAGUUGUCGACACGGACGAGCCCGCCAGUUUUGAGGAUUUCCUCGCCACGCUGGUGCCCGCUGCCGCCCCACCUGCUUUGGAGCCCGAAGCUAUGGGUGAAACUCCUGACUUGCUCGAUCUCGGAAACUACUCUGUGACAACUGAAGGCGGCCCUGGGAGCGUCGAGGAGAAUCGCUCCGUCGAACCGACGGGUCCCGAGGAUGAGGACCUGGACCAGACCGUCAUCGUCAGACGCGAAGAGGCCCCUGAUAAUGGGGCAGGCGACGCUGACGUGACUGCGGUCUUCGUCACUACAGAGGAGUCUGAUUCCCGCGACCAAGACGUGGCUGUGGUCGCACCUCCGCGCCCAACGGAGGACCCGACCCCUCCUGUACAAGCGGCUCCCGUUCUGGUAGCUCAGGCUCAGGCCCCCGACGGCUCGCCUACUCCUGCGCCAAAGAGUGAGCUCUCCUUUGAAAUCCACGCCUUGGCACUAUCGAUGGCGGCAACUGCUCUCCAGUCCCCCGCGCCUCAGCACAUUGGCUCUCCACAGUCGAUCUCGAACGUCGCGGAGACCAUCUCGCCACAUUGGGAGCCAACCGCGCCCGCUACGUCCGCGACCUGGGCUGCUGUGGAGAUUGUCGAUCUCGCUCCAAUGGGUACCAUAACCACUCCGGCGAAGCCUUCUCCAGCCAGGUUCACUUCUGCGACUCCGGGAACCAUCCCUGUCGAGGAAGCUACGUCGGUGAUAUCCACUCCUGUUGGCAGGAAAGCGGUGCAAGAUGGGGAACAACCAGUGGAGCGACCCGUGAUGCAGCUCGAGGAGCGACCAAAGAUCCCGUCUGAGGGGCAGCCUUGCGAGACGCUGCAAGAGACGUCCAGGGAGAAGCCCCAGGGGACGGCCGUCGAGCGGCGCCUGGAGAACCCCGACGCAACGGUCCUGGAACUGUUCCUUGCUACAAUGGCUACGUCUGCGAUCGCUGAGCCUGUUGUCGCUCCGCAAGCGGCCGGCAUUGAGCCUCAUAAAUCGGUUCCCAUUGCGGAGGCGGAGAAGCCGACUACACCGGCCGAUGCGCCAGUGUUGGCCCCUGUCACCCAGCCAGCCCCGCAUCCCGCCCACGCGCCUGAUCGAGCCCGUGGCCACAUGCGGAGCACGACUGCUCCGAUGAAGCCUACACAUACCUCCGCUCGCCUCGGCCCACCGUCAAAGACAGCACGUCCCACACCCGCCGAGAAGAAGUCGUUUAAGCCGGUGUCGCGCCUCGGUAUGACCGACUCUGGCAAGUCGGCUCCUGCACCCGCUCGGCUGGCGAUGGCCACCAAGGCGUCGAAUGCCAAGGCUGCAGCAGCUCCGGCACCCACCGCGGCACGUAAGGCACCGCCAGCCCCCACCGGAAAGACCUCCUCUGCCCCUAGCUCUAUGGCCCCUUCUCGGGGACCGUCCAGGCCCCCUUCAAGGCAGUUGUCGCGAGCUGCCAGCCCUCUGCUGGAGCAGGGGCACUCGACGUUGGCACAGUCGAUGGCGUCCAGUUCGACAAUUGCCAGCAAGCCUCCCAAGACUGCCACCAAGCCGAUCUCAAACCUCCUCAAGCCCACCGCCGCAGCGGCGGCUCGUGCGGCGGCGACAGCUGUGAUGAAGGAGAAGGAGCUUGCUAAGGAGGUGAAACCCAAUCGCCCUCCGCCUGCCAUGUCUUCCCGGCCUCCCACGCAGCGCGCGGUGUCGUCUUCGCGUCCCGCUGGAGGCCUCUUCGCGCCUACAGUGGCUUCGCGUGCGCGCGCCGAAGCCGCCUUGCCUCCCAGUAAGAGGCAGCGGGUCAAGCUCAAGGCGCCCAUGGAGAGCUUCAAACCAGGCCGCGGUCGUUCCAACCUGUCCAAGGCAGCAGCGCUAGGCUCGGUACAGCCACGUUCAUUCAGGGAUAUACGGACAAAGAAGGGCGAGAAGGGCGAGAAGGUUGAGACCUUCCCUCUCCCCGGCCCUCGGCUGGCCUCGUCGACUUCAGAGAUGCCUGUUGAGGUUCCGGUCGCACCUGUAGUUGAGCAAACUGCGCCCUCACUCAACGUCCCGCCACCUCAGGAUGAGACCGAGAUCGGCAUUGCACAGACGCCAACGACUCUCUCGCCCUUAGCGCACUCGGAAGCACUUUCCCCGGCGUCGUCACGUCACACCGACCGGUCGUACGACUCGUCGAAGAGCAGCCCGCGCAAGAUGCGCCCGUCACCAAGCCGGCCGCUCGAUCCAGUGCUCACGCCGCUUCAUCACACUCCGUCUGGCUUGUCGGACACGGCCAACCCCACACGGUCUGGAAACGUGUCAAGGAACGACUCCCCUGCGACGGUGCACGCUCGACGCAUCUCGGGUAUCCCCUCCAGCGUAGAACGAUUGACGAGUACGUCGCGAGAGCGGAACCGUGGGGAUGAGCACAAUGUUGUCUCGGAGGAGGAGGAGGAACAUGUGGAGAAAGAAGGUGUCACGAACGUUGUUCGGCAUGAUGUGUCGACACCGCAGGGCAAGGCGUCGUCGCUGCUCGCCAAGCUCAGUACUGAGCGCCGCGUGUUGACCGCGAGAGAUGGAAAUACGGACUAG